CCGGGACGGAAUUUAUUCAGGAUGCUCAGCGCUUCUUGACAAACAACAUCCGGGAACUGUCAGCUUCAGUCCAGCGUUGGAACUACUCCUAACAGCUUCGCCAAGCUCAGCCCACUCUGUCCUCGUGUGACCAGUCCAUAUUUCAACCGGUCAAGGGACUUUCUUCUCCUUUGAAAAAAAACGUGAUUUUUACGUGGAACAGUCAAAUCGAUCUAAGCAUAAUGGAGUUAUACCAUACUACAACCACAGCUUCAGCAGUUUUGUGUCUUCUUCUAACGAUUGCUGUUUCGGAACCUCAGCGCGUGCGAAGGGACGCAAACGCCUCAGACACUGCAGUCAAAGGGGAAGAACUGGCGACACAACGAGGGAUGCUGUUGGCUUUGAGGCUCAUUAACGAGGUGGGCUUCCACCUGGACACAUUCCGCGACCGCGUGUACGGCGAGGUGGAGCAGGUCAAGGCCCAGCAGGUGGAAAUCCUAAGAGGCAUCGCCGACAUUCAGAACCGCCUGAAAGGAGGGAGCGGCGUCCCCACCAUCCCAUCAGUUCCCACCACCACGCCGGCAUCCAACAACUCUUUUAUCCGACUUGUCAACGGCAGCAACCCGUUAGAAGGGCGCGUGGAGGUGCUGGUGGGGCAGGUAUGGGGCACAGUGUGUGACGAUUACUGGGACACAAAAGAUGCUGGCGUGGUCUGCAGCAUGCUGGGAUACAGCAGAGGAAACGCCAUAGCUGUAUCAAGUGCAGGAUUUGGUUCGGGAUCUGGUCCUAUCACCUUCACUGGCGCACAGUGUGAAGGCAACGAAGUCGACCUUCGGCACUGCCCCAUGAACAAUAGCCCUUUCCAAGGUGGCUGCAGUCAUCGGGAGGAUGCUGGUGUGAUAUGUCGUCCUCUGAACUAGAGCUCCUUCGUUCCAUUCACUUUUAC